AUGGGUAUUUCUCGCGACUCCCGCCACAAGCGCUCGGCUACCGGUGCUAAGAGGGCCACCUACCGCAAGAAGAGGGCGUUCGAGAAGGGUCGCCAGCCCGCCAACACCCGUAUCGGCAACAAGAGAAUCCACCUGGUCCGCACCCGUGGUGGUAACCGCAAGUUCCGUGCCCUCCGUCUCGACUCCGGUAACUUCUCCUGGGGUUCCGAGGGUAUCUCCCGCAAGACCCGUGUCAUCGUUGUCGCCUACCACCCUUCCAACAACGAGUUGGUCCGUACCAACACCCUGACCAAGUCGGCCGUCGUCCAGAUUGAUGCUGCUCCUUUCCGUCAAUGGUACGAGGCCCACUACGGCCAGCCCCUCGGCCGUAGACGCCAGCAGAAGACCGAGACCACCGAGGAGAAGAAGAGCAACAGCGUUGUGAAGAAGCAGGCUGAGCGCUUCGCCGAGAGCGGUAAGGUCGAGUCUGCCGUCGAGAGACAGUUCGAGGCCGGUCGUCUCUACGCCGUCAUUGCUUCCCGCCCUGGCCAGAGCGGUCGUGUUGACGGUUACAUCCUGGAGGGUGAGGAGCUCGCUUUCUACCAGAAGGCUAUCAGGAAAACAGCAAAAAUGACCAUCAAAACCCGCAUCUGUAUAAUUUCCGACACCCACACCCUAACCCCCAACCCAGCCCAAAACACCACAAACCCCUACCGACAUCCCCUCCCCAGCUCCCACAUCCUCCUACACGCCGGUGACAUAACCAAAGUAGGGCUCAAAGCCGAACACGAAGUGAUCCUGGCCAUGCUCAAGGAGGCACCCGCGGAGCUGAAGCUAGUCGUAGCCGGGAACCACGACAUCACGUUAGACGAAGAAUACUACACACGGAUCGGACACUACCGGCACCGCUACAGAACAGAUCACACCGCGGCAUCCGCAACAGCAGGGAAGGAGAACGUAGGGGCGUCCUCCGAAGAAGGGCGGGUGGAAUCCGUGCGGGAGGUCAAGGCGCUAUGGACGAGCGAGGAGGCCGUGAAUGCCGGAAUCCGGUAUAUGGAAGAAGGGGUGCAGACGUUUACGUUAAAGAAUGGGGCGAGAUUCACAGUAUAUGCGUCGCCGUAUACGCCGGAGUUUUGUCAGUGGGCGUUUGCGUAUGAUCGGGAUACGGACCGGUUUAAUCCGCCGCGGUCGAUAUCGGAGGGGGUGUUUGUGCCGGCGAACCCGGUGCCGGAUGAUGGGGUGGAUAUUAUGUUGACGCAUGGACCGCCGUAUGGGAUCUUGGAUAAGGUGGUGGGAUCGCAUGCUAGUGUGGGCUGUGAGCAUUUGUUUCGGGCUGUGGAGAGGGCGAAGCCUCGGUUGCAUGUUUUCGGGCAUAUACAUGAAGGGUAUGGGGCGGCGCGGCUGGAGUGGAGUACGCGGAAUCAGUCGAUCAUUCAGUGCGAUAAGGAGACGACGCUUGAGGAUCGGUGUGCGUAUGCGGAUGUCAGUGGAGAGUCGAAGAGUCCGCUGAGGGUGGGCGAUGAGACACUGUUCGUCAAUGCGAGCGUGGUGACUGUUCAGUAUCAAGCUAUGAACGCUCCGUGGCUGGUAGACCUGGAGCUUCCUUCCAAGUAG